CUACUAAAUCAACAUAUCGCGAUACUUCGGCUCUUCAAGCCUCUACAGUUGCUAAAGUCUCGCGAGAACUGGAGUCCCUCAUCGUCCUUGGUUACCACAGAAGUGAAGAUGGCGUCGGCAACUAGUAUCAUCCGGAGGCUCCGCAAUUUUUUCUCCGGGAGAGACCUCCAAGCAAAGCUGCAGCUGCGCUACACAGAGAUCUCCAAAAGGACGCAGCCUCCUCCGCACCUCCCCGUGGGGCCCAGCCACAAGUUGGCCGCCAAUUCGUACUGCGCUCGGGAUGGACGCAGAGAGACCUUCCCUCCGGUCAUCCUGGUCUCUCCGCAGAAGGCUCUGCCGGCCGCCAGUCCGGAGUCUUCAGUCGCCACGGCGGAGAAGAAACCGGUCACGCCGGGCUUCCAGCCGCGGAAAUGGGAACUCUCUAAGGACGAACCCUAUUUGUGAUCACGGGGCGGCCCUAUAUCUCUAAAACCUCUCUGCUUCGGAUUCAAUAAACUCUUAAUUGAAACCGUU